UUAGAUUCUGAAGGUAUUUAUCGUAAAAAUGGUGGUACAUUACAAAUGAAUAAUAUUUUAAAAGCAUUCAAUAAUUUAUUAACAGCUGAAACUUCUCAAGAGUUGGAGAAUUCAUUAGAGGGUGAUAUUAAUGCAAUUACAAGUUCAUUGAAAAGAUAUUUAUAUUUCCAUUUACCAGAACCAAUAAUCACAAUGAAUGUUUAUGAAUUAUUUAUUAAAAAUUCACAAAUUGAAGAUUCUAUGGAGAAGAUUGAAAAUUUAUCAAAUAUUUUAUCACAAUUACCUAAAACAAAUUUGAAAACGCUGAGAUUUUUAUUGAAUCAUAUUAAAAAAAUUGAAAGUUAUCAACAUUUGAAUAAGAUGACAUUCCAUAAUUUAGCUGUUGUUUUUGCACCAACUUUUACAAGAGUUUCUAGUGGUGAAAGAGAAUUAAUGGAUAUGCAACCAAGAAAUAAUGUUACAGAGUUUUUAUUGGUAAAUCAAGAUGAGAUAUUU